AUGACCAGUCUGUUUAUGUGUAUCAAUUGCCCCCAGCUCAAAUUGAACAUAUCAGAAAGUGAACUGCAACAGAGAGGAAAGACUUUUACACUACAUGCAGCAAAAUCUGGUGGCUUCUCAUUGAAAUCAAGGCCAAGGUGCAAUAGAAUGUUCAGGAUGCUAAUAAAAGGUGAGCUCAUAUUUAUCCUGGGAACAGGAAAUAACAAAAAGAAUGGGAACAUUUUCGAGCGCUGGAAGUGCUUUGAGUGCCAAGGAUUUGGAGUCGAGAGCUGUCCUGCUCGUGGCAAAGUAGGAUUGACUCCAGAACAACGUGGACAAAGAUGA